CUACUGAAAUGUGGCACGAAAAGGGAGGGGUUAACUGUGAAAUUUUCCCACUUGAAGCAGAGAGGCACGGGUCCGGGUCUGGGAAUGGGUCAACACGCGGGUCAGCCUAUCCCUAAACGCCACCGUUUCGUUCACUUUACAAAAAAGUAAAGGAAAAAAAUUAAGAAAACCCUAAAACUAACAUUCAGCCACCCUAAAACAAAUCAAAAUAAGAAGAAACAAAACUGAAGCCUCUCCCCUUUUGUUCAUUCGGCCGAACCAUGAAUCCUCUGCCCAGCCACCACACGCUACCGUGACUGGUAAUUAGCGGUGUGCAAAGCCCGUUCUAAAACCGAUUAGAGCCACAUAUGCCAAUCUCAACCCUGAAAUCCCCUCGUAGACUUCAAUUUAGACGAAGAAGAUGAGGAUCCCGAAGGCAAACUCUCGAUGGUUAGGAGAAGGUCAACGAAGGGAAGCCUCCGUUUUGGUGCAACAAGACAAGGGGGAGCCGAACCUCGAGCGUCGGACGUGUCGACGAGGCACGUGGGGUAUGCGGCGCUAGGGGAAACUAGGGUUUCCGGCUAGCUAGGGGCUGGUUUGGGCAUUUGGGGCCUAUCGGGCCAAUUGGGUUUUGGGUUAGGGGCUUGUUUGUAAAAUGGGUAGGAUUUGGGCCUUAUUGUGCUUUUUGUUUUUGGUUUGGGCUGAUUAGCAAUUCUGGACCCGGGUAAAUUUGGGCACUUACACAACUCAUUCUCAAACUUCAGUCCUAUUCACACAGCAGAACAUAUAAAGAAAGUUUAAUACAAUGCAUAAGUGUUUCCAUAUGUUUUCAUAUAUCUUCUCUCAGGCGUAUAGAGUUCUCUUCAAAUCUUCGGAGGGGAUAUUUUAAAUAAAUAAAAUAUCCCCUAUGAGGCAUCGUUUCUGUUCUCUGCUAAGCUUCUUCGCUUCAAAGAAAAAAUUUCCUCAGUUAGAACUUCCGGAGGAUAUAUGCCGUCAAUUUUCAGUAGCCCAGAUCAAAGCCGCGACCAACAAUUUCCAUCCAGACUCCAUUAUUGGUACAAGUUACUUCGGGAGUAUUGUUUAUAAAGGGACAAUGGAUGAUGGAACCAUUGUUGCUGUGAGACGCUGCGGAGGCAGUUCAGGAGGAGGAGCAAGUGAGUUACAAUUUAAUGAGGUACAGUUGCUUUGCCAGUUGCGCCACCCGCAUCUCGUCUCUCUUAUCGGGUUCUGCCUUUCGGAAAAGGAGAUGUUCGUUGUGUUAGAGUACAUGAGCAGAGGGUCACUCGCUCAUGCUAUCUACGGGAAGGAUCAUGUUCCACUGGCUUGGAAACAUAGGCUGCACAUAUGUAUCGGUGCAGCACGUGGAUUACAUUACCUUCACGCUGGAGCCAAGCGUGCUGUAAUCCACCAUAACAUCAAGAGCUCAAACAUAUUUUUAGAUGAAGAAUGGUGUUCUAAACUUUCAGAUUUUGGAUUGUCCAAACUGCUUCCUCUUAGCACGUCAAAAGCCUUGACAAGAAUCGACACAGAUCAUGCGGUGGGAACUUGUGGAUAUAUGGCCCCAGAGCAUCGCGUGCGUUUACUGAAAGAAAAAUCCGACGUCUUAUCAUUUGGGAUUGUUUUGUACGAAGUUCUUUUUGGCAGACCACAAUAUGAUAGCACACUACCUGAGGAGAAACAAUAUCUGCUUGAUUGGGCCAUGGAAUCCCUAAGCCAAGGAACCAUUUAUCAUGCCAUUGACCCAUAUCUCAAGGGAAGGAUAGCUCCAGAAUGUUUGAACAAGUAUUUGGAAAUCGCUUCUAGUUGUGUCCACCAUAAAGGAAAUUUAAGACCAGCAAUGGGCGAGGUGGAUGUCACACUAGAGCUUGCCUUGGAGCUGCAAGAGAGAGCAGAUUCCGAAAUGAGCAUCUAUCCUUACGGUGAAUGUAUAUAUGAAGAAGCAUUGUUUUCUGGCUUUGUUUGGAAAUUUUUGGGUCUUGAUAGCCAUAAUUUUUCUGAAAUUACUAACGACUCAUCAGAUUCUGAGAGCAAUAAUUGCAACAAUAAUAGUUAAAUGCUUUGUCACAUAGCAGUAUCAGUUCGGGAAAAAAAAUGAAAGUCUAUGUGUUUAAAAAAAAAUUUCAGGCUCUUUUUGGAUUGCAUGAAUUAAUGUGUGUUCUACAAAAGCAGCGAUAUGAGGUCAAUCCCUGCAGCCAUAGGUAGUAGCUAGGGUUGGCGGAAACUCUUGCAGACUAGACAUUUUGCUCGUCAAGUGGUUAGUAGUGAUGGUUCUUGGCCUAUUGCAGGAACAAAAUAUUCAAUGGCAGCAGUUUGGAGUAUUUUAAGACCAGAGAAGGGAGAAGGUUCCAUGGCUUAGACUGGUGUGGUUCAAGUUUUAUAUUCCCAAACAGACAUUCAUUUGUUUAUUGGUUGGCCAUUGCCACUAGGGACAGAUUGAUCUCAUGGGGGUAAGAAGAUGAGUACGUGCUUUGUAGGAAAGAGAAGGAAACUAGAGACCACAUCUUCUUUAGUUGCUGCAUAUCUUGGAUUUAUGUAAAAUCCAAAGGAGAGCUGUUGUUUGGGUUGAAGAAUCACUAUGGGCUGCUACUUCAAGGAAAACAGUCCUUGAUCACAAAUAUUUUACACAUUUCUUUGAAUGGUUUGAUUAUUAUUAUUAUUAUUAUUUUUGUAUGGCAGGAGCAAAACUACAGGGUUUUUGCACAUGUGGAAUCUACUGAGUCCAACAUUCUUGAAUUAAUUCAAAAUGUGGUGGUGCUAUGGGUGCAGACUUCUUGUAGUUGAAAACAACAGUGAUUUUGGAAAAGAAAGCUUUUGAAAGUUUUGUGGGAAAA